AUGGAGGCACAGAAUAGUACGUAUGGAGAAAGGAAACUUGGCGGCGGUUUGUUUAUUCUCCUGGAGCAGCCGAUGUUGCCUGGCCGCCAUAUUGACACGGAGAAAUCACGAUACUCGCACAUACGUUGCCAUCUUGUGGAAUGGAGAGAAGAGAAAGCCUAUGAAGGUGUGGGAGGAGGGAGAAUUGUUGUGGACGAUUAUUUCCUCUCUCAGAUUAUGGAUUACCACAAGAUAUCUGCUACACCCACGGAAUUUAGCUACUUUCAUAUGUCAUUCCCAUAUGUGCGAGACCGCCUGGCCGCCGCCCACGAGCAGCCGCUGGACGAGAGGAUCCCCGCCCAAGACGUGUACGGGCGCACAUACUGCCGCUUCCCCGAGACGUGACAAGCGCUCAUGAGUAUGGAUGACACUGAAGAACUAUGACAUAAUAUCAAAUUCUGAUAUACAUCAUGGAAGACAUUGCAACUCCAACUUGAAGGGCAUAUUAAGUAUUCACAUAUUGUACAAAACACAUCUGCAGAUUACCAUUUAACAGGCCUUCCACUGCCAAGUUUCACCACGAGGCCAAGCACUGAGAAGAAAAGGAAAGGAAACUAUAACAAAGAUAUAUAUAUAUAUAUAAAAAAUAUUAUACUACAUGGUUAGGUACUAAAUGUUUCCCAAAUUGUUGUACAGUAAAUUUACUAGUAAACCUAUCACAAUAAAUGCAAAUAAAGACACCUAAUUGUCAAAUUUAUUAUUAAAAUAUCCGUAAAACUGGAGCACAUUGAAUAUGUUAUACCUUUGGGUUUUCUUUUCAACUUUUGUCAAAUUAUACUAACAAGGUAGUUUCACCUGGUGGGAAUAAAAUAGGAUGAUUGUAAUAGAUUUACAUGACAGGACAAAAAAUGAUGGCCCUGAGAACAAGUAAAAUACUGUGGACACUAAAAUUUUAUUUCAAAAAAUGUAUGUAAAAGAGUAUGAAAUCAAGAAAACAAAUCCUGCAUUUACUCUAUUUUAUUUUCAAAAUAUGAAAUUUGGAAAGAAAAAAACUUUUAACAAACCUCAAUUAUUAGCAUGUUUCUGAUUUUCUGUCCUUUUGUAUAAUAUGAUCAAAUAUGCACUUUACAAAACAGAAUUCACUAAUGAAUUAAGAGAAAACUUCUAUCACUGUUGAUUAUUGCUUUGACAAAACAAAUGAUAACCGUUGUGAAGUCAUGUGCUUACAAAUGCACUGCACUAAUAGUUUGCUUCUGGCACUGUGAUUAAAAUGGAAACAUGUGUUAAUUUGUAAAAUGAAAUUUAUCUUGAACAUACUAAUUAAAUAUUUUAUUUCUAGUUAUUAAAAUAUUAUAAUUCCAGUUCCAAUACAUUUUUCAUGAAUUAACAGCAAAUUUAAAUACAAUACAUUUUAUGGUAAGAGCCAGAAUUUUUUUUUUAUAAAAUGUUAUAUUUACUUUUAUAAAAGAAUAUAUAAUUUAAUUAAGAUGAUUAGAAAAAAAUAAAGAUUAAUAUAAUUUAAUAAUAAAGAAUAUACUUCAUGAAAAGUCUAUCACUACAAUGGCAGCAGAGAUAGCAUCCUAUUUAUACAAUACAGGGAAAAUUCCUUUUGGUUCGCAGAGUGAGAUAUUUUGAAACUGAAAUGAAGCUACUUAAUAUGGGAGCAGACUCAUAUUAUAACUUUUUUUUAACUUGAUAAAUAAGAGAUGAAAUCUUUUUCAACUAUUGAAAAUAUAAUAUUAAUUUUGAUUCUGAUUAAUUUUGUGAAUUUUUUCAUACACUUUUAACAAUAAAAUUUAUGAUUCCUUAAUAUCUUACAUUUCUGAAGUCAAAAGUUCAUGUUGCAUUAUAAUUUUGAAUUCUUUUGAGCAAAUCUAGAUCCAUUAACCAACUCAAAGCAAGCGAGGUUCUCUUGUAGAAAGGAUAAAAACUCGGUUUGUUUAGUAGAUUAACUUUACUAACAAAUAAAAAUUACUCUAUUAAGUAAUUGGAGUACGUGAACAUGACAAUACAUGUUUUUGAAAUCAUAAAAUGCUUUCUAAACAUACUUCCUCAUAAAAUUUGGUUCAUAAAACCUAAGACUCCAUGAUAAUUCAAUUUUAAAAAAGCCAUUUUUUAUUAUUGAUUCAAUAUGUACUAUAUUCAGAUACAGCCAAACACAAAUUCAGUCACUGUGCCUAAGAGAUAUCUCAUCUUAAACUCCUCCCCUUCCAGAAAAUAUGUAGAACUGCAAAAGCAUACUUUCUUGUAUUACUUGAAUUGGUCAUGUAAUUUAUAAUGUAACUUGUGUCCUAAAACAUCAGCCAUCUCAUGAAAAACUCUCGUCUCUAAGAUUCUUAAAAAAUGUGUAUAAGAAAAUUAAAGUUUCAAUGAAAAUGAUAUCUGUGCUAAAGAAUACAGAGUAUUGUUAUUCCAUUACAAUAAUUACAUGCGAUUUUAAAACAAAUUUAAAAACAUUUUUGUGGAAAUUUUGUUUAUACAUUUUUGAAACAUUGCCAUGACUGUCCUCCAAAGUAUCCACAAUCUAUUAGUAC